AUGCCGUGUUAUCUGUUCUACAUAGAAUGUGACGGGGAAAAAUAUGGACUUGGCUGUAUACAUGACUGUGGGUCCUGUCUGGAUAAUAAACAAUGUCACCACAUAAACGGAUCAUGUCUUCAAGGAUGUGACGCCGGAUUUCAAGGAGAGCUUUGUAAAACUAAAUGUUUUCCUUGCAAAUUCGGAAAGAAAUGUGAGCAAAAUUGUUCUGAUAAUUGUGAGGACGAUCUCAAAACUUGUAACAGAACAACGGGAGAAUGCACGGCUGGGUGUCGCCCGGGCUAUGAUGGGCUAAGAUGUGGCAGGGAGUGUGUUGAUAACCAGUACGGACAAGAUUGUAAUCAGACGUGCGGAAAAUGUCGAGAUGGUACACAGUGUCAUCACGUCAGCGGUUCCUGUAAUGACGAAUGUAAACCUGGAUACCAGGGUAACAAAUGUACUGAGGUCUGUGAGUUUGGACAUUUUGGUGCAAGUUGUAAAGCGGAAUGUAGCGUAUUCUGUCAGACAUCACGUGAUUGUCAUCAUGUGACGGGCUAUUGUACCUCUGGUUCCAAAACUGGAUGGCGUGGAAACAAUUGUUUAGAAGUUGAUACUCAACAACAGGGCACAGAGUGCGACAGAAACUACGAAGCCAGAUUCUAUGGUGUCUUAUCUGCAUUUUGCAUUAUACUGGUUUUUAAUGGGGUGUAUGUUCUUUACAGAAUCAUGAAAUGGAACAAGAAGAGAUUGGUUAAAGAUAAGAAAUAUCGUGCGAGUGACUCCACCAUUAGCACCAAAGACACAGUUUUACAAGUCUAUAAAGACGAGAACGUCAACAGUGGAUAUCAAGAGCUUGGAGAAUUGAGUACAUCGUCAACCUAUGACACCAUUCGCUAGAGGGAUAUAGUGUUUAAAUAUAAUUUUCCUAAGACAUCGCUGUCAGCAUCUUUUGUAUCGCGAUACCAUAACGUUGCAGUGUUGAACACCUGCGAUAUAGCGAUUUUUCUACACAAACACACACUUUCUAAAAAUAAAAGUCUGGAUAAAUAGUUGUUACCCUGGUCCAACCGCCUUUUCGGUUUGUCAGUUUGUCAUACGUCCUUUUUCUUCCAACCUCUGUUUUGUUUUAAACAGUAACCAAUUUUGUUUAGAUAUGAUAGGUUAUGCCUUAUAUAUGUGCAAGAAGAUUUCGAUUCUUUUAUUUUCAUCAUGGAGGCCAAAUGGAGUUUGAAAAUUUACGAAAACAAGGUUCCCGGAAUUACAUUUUACGGAGUAGGCAAAUUAUCCUUUGAAAGGUGGUUGGUUGACUGAUCAAUUGCGGUUUUAUGCUGUUUGGGCAAUAUUUCAGCCAUUUCAUGGCAGUAUAAAGAUAACUGGUGAUGUCCUGUAGAUUUCUAACGAUCGUUUAAAAUUUUAUAUUUUGUCCUCGAAGCCAAAUAGAGGUAAGACUAAGAUGAUUUCUCUUGACAAUAAAAGACCUGGUUCCCA